UUCUGUCAGCUGUCUGCUAGCGGAAGAGUUCAGCAAUGGCUUCAGUUCCACCGGGUGAUAUCAACACUCAGCCGAAUUCGAAGAUCGUCUUCAAUGCGCCAUACGAUGACAAGCACACUUACCACAUCAAGAUCAUCAAUGCUUCUGGACGUCGUAUUGGAUGGGCUAUCAAGACCACAAACAUGAGGCGAUUGGGUGUGGACCCUGCAUGCGGGGUGCUCGAUCCCAAAGAGGCCACACUUAUGGCAGUCUCUUGCGACGUUUUCGACUACGGCCGUGAGGAUACCAACAACGACCGUAUUACUGUUGAAUGGUGCAACACCCCUGAAGGUGCAGCAAAACAAUUCCGAAGGGAAUGGUUCCAAGGCGACGGUAUGGUGCGCAGGAAGAACCUUCCUAUCGAAUACAAUCCUUGAACGGACUAGUAUUGAAUAAAUUUGUUCGCCAAGUAGUGUAUCGCUAAGAAACUCUCGAUACUAACGGAAAGUGUAGUGAUAAAGCUUUGGUGAU